AUGGACUCGAAUCAGAGUACCUCAGCAUGGACUACAACAGCUGCAUGUGUAGCUAUUGUAGUCCUCCUCAUCUUGAUAAGACCGCGGUCAUCAUGGGGCCAUCCGCCAUUACCUCCGGGUCCGCCGGGCGAGUUUCUCCUCGGCCACCUCCGUGUCAUACCCAAAGAGAACACUGCUCAAACAUACGCAGAGUGGGCAAGAAAGUAUGAUUCGGAUGUCAUUCACGUCAAAUCUCUCGGCCAAUCCAUCGUGGUGCUCAACAGCGUCGAGGCUGCCAAGAAUCUUCUCGAUCGUAGGGGGGCCAACUACUGUGACAGACCCAGAUUCACUCUGUUUGAGGUCAUGGGCUGGGGCAAGACGCUGACCUUCCUGCCCUUCGGACCCCGCUGGCAGAUGCACCGAAAGCUGCUGCAGACCACUUUCAGUAACACUAAUGUCCGGCAGUGGUACCCUCUGCAGGUCGCCGAGGCCCGCAAAUCCGUUCAUGACAUCGUCAGCAACCCUGACAGCUGGCAAAUGUCCAUGAAAAGAUUCGCCGUUGCCAUCGUCCUCAAAGUGAGCUAUGGAGUUGACGUUCAUGAGGAUAACGACCCGUACGUCAAGAUUGCCCAAGAUGCCAUGUACGCGACUGGAAACGGUGGUGCACCCGCCAACAGCAUCGUCGACAUCUUUCCCCCUGCUCGUCAUUUGCCCGUCUGGCUUGUUCGAGACUGGUCGCUGAAAUUCGCGCGAGAAUGGGGAUGGGCUAUACGGAAGUUGCAUGACGUUCCGUUUGCUGUUGCGCAGGAAGAGUUGGCUCGCGGCAAGGACAGCCCUUCCUUCGCACAUAGGUUAUUGGAAACCUAUACUUCCAACGCCAAGAGAGGACUCGACAAUGAAUGGUCACUUGACGACAUCAAGGGAGCAGCAGGCGCCAUCUUCAUCGCAGGGGCCGACACGACUUGGGCCACCAUGGUCGUCUUUGUUUUGAACAUGGUUCUCCAUCCUGAGAUUCAAGAAAAAGCGCAGGCCUGCAUCGAGCGCGUGGUUGGGCUUGAUAGACUGCCCGAUCUUUCAGACAGGCCAUCCCUCCAAUAUAUUGACCAUAUUGUUCAGGAAAUCUACCGAUGGUCACCAUUGGCACCGUUAGGAAUUCCCCACAAAUCUCUCGAGAACGACGUCUAUAACGGCAUGUUCAUCCCUAAAGGGUCUAUUGUCUUCUUCAAUUCAAGCGCAAUGACUCAGGACGAGCGGGUGUACAAGGACCCCAAGUCUUUCAACCCGGACAGAUACCAACCAGAGUCUUCUGGAGGCCGUGGUGAGCCCUUGCCACUUGGUCAGUUUGGCUUCGGACGCCGAGUCUGCGUUGGACGCUUCCUGGCAGACAACAGUGUCUGGAUAGCAGUUGCAACAAUGCUUGCCACUCUCAAGAUUGGUAAGAAAGUCGGACCAGAUGGCCAAGUCAUGGAGCCCAAGAUUGCCUUCACCAAUGGUGGAACCUGUCAUCCGGAACAUUUUGAAUGCUCCAUAACACCACGCAGCCAAAGGGCACAGGAGUUGCUGCGACAGUCGGUCUCUUCUUGA